UGGGGUUUCAGGACAGUGUAUGGGAGGUGUUUGGGGAGUCAGGACAGUGUAUGGGAGGGGUUUGGGGAGUCAGGAUAGUGUAUGGGAGGGGUUUGGGGAUUCAGGACAGUGUAUGGGAGGGGUUUGGGGAUUCAGGUCAGUGUAUGGGAAGGGUUUGGGGAUUCAGGACAGUGUAUGGGAGGGGUUUGGGGAUUAAGGACAGUGUAUGGGAGGGGUUUGGGGAGUCAGGUCAGUGUAUGGGAGGGGUUUGGGGAUUCAGGACAGUGUAUGGGAGGGGUUUGGGGAUUCAGGUCAGUGUAUGGGAGGGGUUUGGUGAGUCAGGACAGUGUAUGGGAGGGGUUUGGGGAUUCAGGACAGUGUAUGGGAGGGGUUUGGGGAGUCAGGACAGUGUAUGGGAGGGGUUUGGGGAUUCAGGACAGUGUAUGGGAGGGGUUUGGAGAUUCAGGUCAGUGUAUGGGAGGGGUUUGGGGAUUCAGGACAGUGUAUGGGAGGGGUUUGGGGAGUCAGGACUGUGUAUGGGAGGGGUUUGGGGAGUCAGGACAGUGUAUGGGAGGGGUUUGGGGAUUCAGGACAGUGUAUGGGAGGGGUUUGGGGAUUCAGGACAGUGUAUGGGAGGGGUUUGGGGAGUCAGGUCAGUGUAUGGGAGGGGUUUGGGGAGUCAGGUCAGUGUAUGGGAGGGGUUUGGGGAGUCAGGAUAGUGUAUGGGAGGGGUUUAGGGAUUCAGGUCAGUGUAUGGGAGGGGUUUGGGGAUUCAGGACAGUGUAUGGGAGGGGUUUGGGGAGUCAGGUCAGUGUAUGGGAGGGGUUUGGGGAGUCAGGUCAGUGUAUGGGGCGGGAUGGGGGAUUCAGGAUAGUGUAUGGGAGGGGUUGGGGAUUCAGGUCAGUGUAUGGGAGGGGUUGGGGAUUCAGGACAGUGUAUGGGAGGGGUUUGGGGAGUCAGGACAGUGUAUGGGAGGGUUUGGGGAGUCAGGACAGUGUAUGGGAGGGGUUUGGGGAGUCAGAACAGUGUAUGGGAGGGUUUGGGGAGUCAGAACAGUGUAUGGGAGGGUUUGGGGAGUCAGAACAGUGUAUGGGAGGGUUUGGGGAUUCAGGACAGUGUAUGGGAGAGGUUUGGGGAUUCAGGACAGUGUAUGGGAGGGGUUUGGGGAUUCAGGACAGUGUAUGGGAGGGGCUUGGGGAGUCAGGACAGUGCAUGGGAGGGGUUUGGGGAGUCAGGACAGUGUAUGGGAGAGGUUUGGGGAUUCAGGACAGUGUAUGGGAGGGGUUUAGGUAGGACAGUGUAUGGGAGGGGUUUGGGGAUUCAGGACAGUGUAUGGGAGGGGUUUGGGGAGUCAGGUCAGUGUAUGGGAGGGGUUUGCGGAUUCAGGACAGUGUAUGGGAGGGGUUUGGGGAUUCAGGUCAGUGUAUGGGAGGGGUUUGGUGAGUCAGGACAGUGUAUGGGAGGGGUUUGGGGAUUCAGGACAGUGUAUGGGAGGGGUUUGGGGAGUCAGGACAGUGUAUGGGAGGGGUUUGGGGAUUCAGGACAGUGUAUGGGAGGGGUUUGGAGAUUCAGGUCAGUGUAUGGGAGGGGUUUGGGGAUUCAGGACAGUGUAUGGGAGGGGUUUGGGGAGUCAGGACUGUGUAUGGGAGGGGUUUGGGGAGUCAGGACAGUGUAUGGGAGGGGUUUGGGGAUUCAGGACAGUGUAUGGGAGGACUUUGGGGAUUCAGGACAGUGUAUGGGAGGGGUUUGGGGAGUCAGAACAGUGUAUGGGAGGGUUUGGGGAGUCAGGUCAGUGUAUGGGAGGGGUUUGGGGAUUCAGGACAGUGUAUGGGAGGGGUUUGGGGAUUCAGGUCAGUGUAUGGGAGGGGUUUGGUGAGUCAGGACAGUGUAUGGGAGGGGUUUGGGGAUUCAGGACAGUGUAUGGGAGGGGUUUGGGGAGUCAGGACAGUGUAUGGGAGGGGUUUGGGGAUUCAGGACAGUGUAUGGGAGGGGUUUGGAGAUUCAGGUCAGUGUAUGGGAGGGGUUUGGGGAUUCAGGACAGUGUAUGGGAGGGGUUUGGGGAGUCAGGACUGUGUAUGGGAGGGGUUUGGGGAGUCAGGACAGUGUAUGGGAGGGGUUUGGGGAUUCAGGACAGUGUAUGGGAGGGGUUUGGGGAUUCAGGACAGUGUAUGGGAGGGGUUUGGGGAGUCAGGUCAGUGUAUGGGAGGGGUUUGGGGAGUCAGGUCAGUGUAUGGGAGGGGUUUGGGGAGUCAGGAUAGUGUAUGGGAGGGGUUUAGGGAUUCAGGUCAGUGUAUGGGAGGGGUUUGGGGAUUCAGGACAGUGUAUGGGAGGGGUUUGGGGAGUCAGGUCAGUGUAUGGGAGGGGUUUGGGGAGUCAGGUCAGUGUAUGGGGCGGGAUGGGGGAUUCAGGAUAGUGUAUGGGAGGGGUUGGGGAUUCAGGUCAGUGUAUGGGAGGGGUUGGGGAUUCAGGUCAGUGUAUGGGAGGGGUUUGGGGAGUCAGGUCAGUGUUUGGGAGGGGUUUGGGGAUUCAGGACAGUGUAUGGGAGGGGUUUGGGGAUUCAGGACAGUGUAUGGGAGGGGUUUGGGGAUUCAGGACAGUGUAUGGGAGGGGUUUGGGGAGUCAGGACAGUGUAUGGGAGGGUUUGGGGAGUCAGGACAGUGUAUGGGAGGGGUUUGGGGAGUCAGAACAGUGUAUGGGAGGGUUUGGGGAGUCAGAACAGUGUAUGGGAGGGUUUGGGGAGUCAGAACAGUGUAUGGGAGGGUUUGGGGAUUCAGGACAGUGUAUGGGAGAGGUUUGGGGAUUCAGGACAGUGUAUGGGAGGGGUUUGGGGAUUCAGGACAGUGUAUGGGAGGGGCUUGGGGAGUCAGGACAGUGCAUGGGAGGGGUUUGGGGAGUCAGGACAGUGUAUGGGAGGGGUUUGGGGAUUCAGGACAGUGUAUGGGAGGGGUUUAGGUAGGACAGUGUAUGGGAGGGGUUUGGGGAUUCAGGACAGUGUAUGGGAGGGGUUUGGGGAGCCAGGUCAGUGUAUGGGAGGGGUUUGCGGAUUCAGGACAGUGUAUGGGAGGGGUUUGGGGAUUCAGGUCAGUGUAUGGGAGGGGUUUGGUGAGUCAGGACAGUGUAUGGGAGGGGUUUGGGGAUUCAGGACAGUGUAUGGGAGGGGUUUGGGGAGUCAGGACAGUGUAUGGGAGGGGUUUGGGGAUUCAGGACAGUGUAUGGGAGGGGUUUGGAGAUUCAGGUCAGUGUAUGGGAGGGGUUUGGGGAUUCAGGACAGUGUAUGGGAGGGGUUUGGGGAGUCAGGACUGUGUAUGGGAGGGGUUUGGGGAGUCAGGACAGUGUAUGGGAGGGGUUUGGGGAUUCAGGACAGUGUAUGGGAGGGGUUUGGGGAUUCAGGA